CGGCGCCCCGCGGGUCUGAGCGGGCGGCGGGCUGCGCCCUGGCGAAGCGGGCUGGCGGGCCCUGAGCGCCGGCGGCGGCGGGCGCGCACCAUGAACUCGUGGGACGCAGGCCUGGCGGGGCUGCUGGUGGGCACGAUGGGCGUCUCGCUGCUGUCCAACGCGCUGGUGCUGCUCUGCGUCCUGCACAGCGCCGACAUCCGCCGCCAGGCGCCGGCGCUCUUCACCCUGAACCUCACGUGCGGCAACCUGCUGUGCACCGUGGUCAACAUGCCGCUCACGCUGGCCGGCGUCGUGGCGCAGCGGCAGCCGGCCGGGGACCGCCUGUGCCGCCUGGCCGCCUUCCUCGACACCUUCCUGGCCACCAACUCCAUGCUGAGCAUGGCCGCGCUCAGCAUCGACCGCUGGGUGGCCGUGGUCUUCCCGCUGAGCUACCGGGCCAAGAUGCGCCUCCGCGACGCCGCGCUCAUGGUGGCCUACACGUGGCUGCACGCGCUCGCCUUCCCCGCCGCCGCCCUCGCCCUGUCCUGGCUCGGCUUCCACCAGCUGUACGCGUCCUGCACGCUGUGCAGCCGGCGGCCGGACGAGCGCCUGCGCUUCGCCGUCUUCACCGGCGCCUUCCACGCGCUCAGCUUCCUGCUCUCCUUCGUCGUGCUCUGCUGCACGUACUUCAAGGUGCUCAAGGUGGCCCGUUUCCACUGCAAGCGCAUCGACGUGAUCACCAUGCAGACGCUCGUGCUGCUCGUGGACAUCCACCCCAGUGUGCGGGAGCGCUGUCUGGAGGAGCAGAGGAGGCGGCGGCAACGAGCCACCAAGAAGAUCAGCACCUUCAUAGGCACGUUCCUGGUGUGCUUUGCACCCUACGUGAUCACCAGGCUGGUGGAGCUGUCCGCGGUGCCCAUCAGCUCCCACUGGGGGGUGCUGUCCAAGUGCUUGGCCUACAGCAAGGCAGCGUCGGACCCCUUCGUGUACUCCUUGCUGCGACACCAGUACCGCAAGAGCUACAAAGAGAUUCUGAACAGAAUCCUCCACAGGCGUUCUCUCCGCUCCUCCGGCUUCUCUGGUGACUCCCACAGCCAGAACAUUCUGCCGGUCUCUGAGUGAGGUGUGCUGCUCCUGCUGGAGACCUUGGACUGAGACGGCUGUGAGAAGACGGGGAUGGAGGGGCUUGGGGCUCCUGGGCGGACGCCACCAGCCGCCACCCACCUGGCAAGCCCGAGGAUUUCAGUUCCCUGGCUUGGAGGGGCUCUGACACCUGCUUCCUGGUUCCUCAAGGGCAGAUGUUGAACAGUCCCCAUUCGUCACCAAAGGAUGACUGAGGGACAUGCUGUGCUCUGGCUUUUCUUUCUGAGACGCUCCUUGGAGCUCCUGGACUCCCCAGAGGCUCCCUUGGAGUCACACCCAGUCUGAUCAUGAUGAAGGACCCACAGUUCUGGUGGCAGGUAGGGAAGCUUGGUGUCCACCUGUUUAUGAACCACUAGACAUUGGGCUCCAGGCUGAAGAGCAGUGGUGAUCUCCACGGGACCUCAGUCACACUGAGUGAGGUUGGUUGUGGCCAUUUGGCCCCACAUCUAGCAUGGCCACUCUUCUCCACAUGUAGUGGUGGCUGCUUUAACCCAAAUAGUAUUCAGCUGGUACUAAGUUGUGCUCAGCUGGGACUCUUGGGCUCCCAUGCCCAAGGGGAAAAUAUUCAACAACUAGUGUUACCCAACCGUUGCUGACAAGUUGUCUUAGAAAUGGUUAUAUUGGAUUCAACUUUUAUCCUUCUUUUACCCCUGCCCCAAAGCUAACAUUCUGUGUGUGUAGACAACCUUAGCAUGAAAAUGGUUUAAAUAGGCAGGUACUAUAUGUACUAAUGUUCUCCGAAGUCAGACCCCAAAGUCACCUCCUGAUUCACAUGUCAUCAUUGUUGGAGCCAAAGAGAGGCGGGAGGAAAGUGGCUGGCAGGUCCUCCUACCCUGGUUUGUGACCUGAAUUUGCAGGAAGUGUUUCACCUUGUCCAGUAUGUCAUUUGAUGAUUGGGUGAGAACUGACCUGAGCAAGAUUUUAGCCUUGAUUUCAAGGCACUGGGUUCCAUUAUCCUAAUGGUUUUGUAUCCUAGUUUCUGUAAGUCAUCAGCAGAAAGUAGAAGCUUUCCAACAGAAGAUAAAGGUGAUCCAAAAAGUGCCCUGCGCCCACGAUGGGUGAGGGAAAUUUUUGUUGAAAUCUAUAACUUUAACACGUGUGCCAGUCCACUAGCAGCCACCGUCUUGAUUUAAUAAAACCAAGAUGAGUGGACCAUGCUUUCUACCCAUCUGACUUUGCAACCAUAUAAGUGAUGCGUGAAUGCUAGGAGCAGUUAUUUCUCCAUCCUCUGCCCUAAGAGAUCCUCCAGGGUAGAAAGGAUGGGAGCAAUAGACUCAGAUGGCCCAUUCUCUGCUUCCGGCUCUGCACAUCACAUUUGGAGACUUAGAAGGGACACAGCUCAACAGGGACCAACCAGGAAGAGCUUUUCACUGCCAGGCGGCCCCAGAAGUGUGUGCCUGCUUGAAAAGAUGUUGUCACAUUAACCUUAACUCCUCGCUUAGAAAACAGAUCACUGAGCCUGGCCCACUCUGGUCUGGUUUCUAAGUUUCCAUGGAGACAGAGGUAGCUUCUGAGGCCCUGAUGCCUUCCUGUGGCAGUUGGAGAUGUGCUUACAUAUGCUUGGAGGAGCCAGUGACACGUGUCCCUUCCCAAUUCCAUGUUCUGGGACAUCAUGUUGGUGGCUUGACAUGAGCCAUGAUGGGCAUAUUUAUACCAAGAAAGUCAAAAAAUCAGGCCUUUUUCUCCACUUAGAGCUGGUUAAACACCUACCAGCCCAUCACUGCCUGGACAGGACUUGGUAUGUUACUGAAGCAAAAUUGCUCUGACUCAGAGUGCAUUCGGCCACUCAAGUUUGAAUCACAAUAGACAUUCAUUUUUGUGGCACUCUCACAGGGACGAAUAGCUGUUCAACUUCAUUGCUCCAACACCAAAAGUACUGGUGAGGUCAAGGACAAACACAGAACCAGUCAAUUGAAUCUGACAAUCUCCCUUUUUACACAAAUACUCUUCAGGCAUCAUGGGCAUAGUGACCCCAUGGAAGAGGUCAAUAGACAGUCAAACUCAAGCGACCAAAUAUAUUUUCAUCAAUGUCAGGCUAGAGGAGUAACUGUCAACUCCUCUUCCUGCUUUCUCUGUGUAGGCAACAAAUUACUCUCCUGGAAGCAACUCCGUCUCUUUCACCUCUUCUUGAGCUCAGAAACAAGAGCUGUCCCCCAACAGUACCACAUAUCUUGGAAAGAUGUAUUUUUAUAAUUUACACUAAACCUCUAGGACUGCCAAAAAAAAAAAAAAACAAUAAAACCAGUUGUAUUGGCAUCAUGGUGACAAAACCCCAGAUAUGCCAAUUGAUUGGAUGUUUUCAUUAUUAUUUGGACCUCGGCACUGAAAGUCAGGAAGCAAGAAGGGAAUCACUGCGUUAGCAAAAUCAGCACCAACCAACUCUGCUGGUAUUACCUUUAGACACAUGGUUAUAUUCACCUGUAUACAGUCUAUAAAACCUACCCCCGUUUCAUUAUUCCCAGGAGAAUUAUCUACCUCAUUUGGCAAUCUAUCAAACAUCACAUGGAUUUCUCAGGUUAAAUACUUAGAAACGUCCAGAUCAGCAUCAGUGUCGAGGGCCUGGGAUUCCUGACCUGACCUCAGUCUAGUGUAAGGCUUGAUGUUGAAGGUCUGAACUCUGGUAGACAGCUGGGUGAGGUGCGAACGCACUUGAAGAAGCUUGAAAAGAAAGCCUGGGAUGGAGGAUCUUUCAAAUUCCCAAAGCCACACAUUGGGCUCAGUUUCUAGACCUCCAGGAGCAGAACUCGUCAGUUUCAACCCAGCCCAUGAUGCCUUUUCCAGUCACUCUGUAACGCUAGCUUUUCUCUGUGCUGCUUCUCGAAGGCGGGGAUUUCAGAGCCCUGGGACCCACUGAGGGGCGAGUGUCACGGCAUUUGGGGCUUGUGUGUCUCGCGGUCCGUUGACCUCUCAAAGCUGUUUGCCUAAGAGCUUGCCUGUUUUUACUUGAGAGUCAGCUGGGGGAGGAGGGGAGGCUGCUUUGACUCAUCUCAUACCAACUGCACAUCCCUUCUAGGACUCAGCUCAGCCUUCUGUCACCGUGAGCAAUAAACCUCUCUCCUCAUGUCUGUGGAAUUAAUUUUCUUUUUCAUGAGCCCUUUCUUUCUGAGACACGAUGGAAAGGAUGAGCCAUGUCCUGCUUGCUGUCCUUUUACAUACUUGGGGGCAGGUAGAUGAAGCCUGCGCAGGGCGGCAAUGUGACCCUCGGGGGGCCACACGCUGUGUGUUUUUAAAAUUUAUCCCAAUUCGGGAUCAACUAUUGGCGGGUGAUUUUCAUGAAGAUAUUAUAUCAAGUGCCAGGAAUUCCUUGUGUCAGCUGGUAUCCUAUGGACCAAGCACCCCAAGGGAAGAGAGAGGCCCUGGACAUAUUUGGGGUUCCUACUACCUUUCUGGAAGGUCUAGAGCCUCUAGAAUGAAGCCAUUGGCUCUUGAACUUUAUGAUCCAUAAAAAUCACCAAAAGAGGUUUUUUAAAAUGCAAAUUACUUCAUCUCUCCCCGGAAAAGAAGGUCUGGGCAAGAUCUGGAACUCAGUAUUUUCAGUCAGCACCCAGGUAACUGUUGUAGGUGAACUUCAAAGCACUCCCUGAAGAAAUGACCUUAGUCACCCAGAUAAACUCUACGGAAAACUGAGUCUUUCUAAAUACCUUUUUGUCUUUCUUUUUUAAAAUGUCUUCUUUUUUCUUUUUCUUUUUUCUUUUAAGGGCCACACCAGCAGCAUAUGGAAGUUCCUGUGCUAGAGGUCAAAUAGGAGCUGCAGCUGUCAGCCUGUGCCAUAGCCACACCAGAUCUGAGCUGCGUCCGAGACCUACACCAAAGCUUGGGGCAAUGCUGGAUCCUUAACCCACUGACUGAGGGCAGGGACCAAACCUGCAUCUUCAUGAACACUGUGUCAGGUUCUUAACCCCCUGAGCUACAACAGGAACUCUUCAAUUGUCUUAUAUGGUUCCGGGAUACUCCAAAGAGUUCAAUCCCUAGCCUUGUUCGGGGCUGAGUCAUUUGGUUUUUAGAGGAACAACAUUGAUCAUACCAUGAAAUGUUUAAAGUCUGUUCUGGAGAAACUCCAGUGGAACAGGACAAGCUGCCCACCCUACCUCCUCUGAAGACAUUUACAAAGCAGCCUACUCCCUCUCAGGGGGAGGGGGGAAGCUCCCAGUUGGUUGUAAGCACAAGGUGCCUUGGCGUUGCCAGCACUGGCCGGUUCAGAGAGAAGGGAGCCCGCGUGGCACUCGGAGGUCCCCAGAAGGAUGCUUGCUUGGGUCUCAACUCAAGCUCUGCCUGGGCAGCCUGGCUGGGGAAGGCAAGCACGUUGAGCCCCUCUUCUGCUAACCAGAGCCCAGCAAGCCCCCUUGGCUCCCAGCCUCAGGCAUGGGAAACUGAGCCCAGAGAGGCAGGGCCAGAGAGAUGGUGCUGGAUGCCAGCUCCUGGAUGUGAGUCUUUUGCUGGUUCCUCCCUUCAUUCAUCACUGCUGACCCUGCCAGAUCCUCCAAGAGCAGCAUUGAAAGACAAUGGUCCUAACAGCUGGUGUGUCCUCAGUGAAGUCUAGACACCAGACACCAGACACCAUGCUCUGUGUUUGCGGCAGUGUUUCCAUGAAUCCUCAUAAUGAUCCUGCAAUGCAGUUACCAUUACAAUCUCCUUUGUACAGAUCUGGGAGGCUCUGUAGGUCCUCAGGCAGCAGAUAGAGAAAUUUGAGGGUCGGCCCAAAGCAAGACAAUGUUCUCCAGAAGGACUGGCUAGUACCGAUAGGCAUUUCCUAGCUUCACUCAAGUCUGGGCUGUUCAAAGGGCAGGUGACUUUGCAUUCUCAGCAGAGAACCCCAUGCUUUUAGCUCCUGAGCCAACUCAGCCACCAGAUGGGCCUUGGGCCACUCCUAUCACAGCCACCGCUGGCUGGGAAAGGACACCUGUGGCCUGCUCUUUCUCUGUAUGUACUUCUCGGAGUAUUCAGGGGAAGAUGCUUGGCAGCAACCUCUGUGCCAGAAUUUAUGGUUCACAAAUCCUUUUUGCUUACAGGGUAUCUAUCUGACUAAAUGUUGUAGGUAUUUGCAGGCUCCUUGUCUAUAGAAUUUCCCCCAAACUCUGGGCCAAUAGCUUUCAUAAGCAUCAAUACAAGCAGCAGGGCCUGGCCCUGAAGCCAAUAUUUCCUGCCUGGAAGCCAGGAACAUUAAGACAGAGGACCCUGGUGCUGGCUGGAGGACCCUGUGCUGAGCCGGAGGCUGGGAGUGGGGAAGGAGGUGGGAGGGGGUGGUUGCCAUGGUUUGCUCCCAUGGAUUCAGAGGAGAAAAUUGGCUGAGAGCAGCAUGGUUUGUAAGUCCCUCCACUUUCCCUCAGGCUCCUAGUUUCUUUCAAGACUAAGUAGCCUUUUAGCCAUCAGUGAGUCAGCCUGACCCCUGGCCAGCUGCCUUUGGCCAAUGCCCUGGCCUGGUCAACAGAAGAGAUGUAGGAACCCCAGGCUUGCUCAUACUUCCCCAGUUCAGAUGCAGCCACAAGGUCAAAGACAUAUUCAUUCCUCUUUCCACAAGUACAGGUUCAAGGAGAAGGAGCUGGACAUUUCUGGGAAUCAGCUACCCAGGAGAGAGGAGUCCUAAUGCUGGCAUUGCCCAUCUUCCCAGGCAGGCUGCAUCGGAGAGGAAAGUUGUUGGCUUGACCCAGACAUCACUGUGCAGAAGCCGAGGUCUGUGGAAGUCCAGGGGAGCAGAGUCCUGGAGAGGUUGAAGAAUGGUCCAUGGCAGCUGCGGGCUCCAGCCCAGUGCUGUAGAAAUACCCACCUGUCACUCCUCAGACAUUCGUGUGCCCAGCCCUAUGCUGGGUCAGUCUCCAGGGGAAACCAGGGACUACUCUAAAGCUAGAGGGUGGGGCUGCUCUGGAGAUGUGAGCAUAGUGCUGGGGGUAUAGGAGAGCUGACACACUUGGCUGGUAGGUAAGGAAAGUUCCUAGAGAUGGUGACAUUACAUCUGAACCUGCAGUAGUGAAGAGUGUGUGACAAGACACAAAGGAGAUGUGAAUAAAUGCCUGGUGAUGAGUCUAAUGGGAGAAAGCUUAGCCUGGGUCCAGGAAUGGGGUCGGGUGGGUACCAAGGAAAUGAAGUGCCUCCUGAGACAGAGUGGACAUGAUCUGUGGCCCAGGGAUGAGGAUGAAGGUCUUGACAUUGGGAGUUUCAAAAUCAGAGCUCUUUUAAGAAGAGAAACCAUGGGAGAAAUCUACAUCUAUUUAGGUACUGAAGAAGAGAAGAAUGAAAAGAAAGAGGAAAGAAGGAGGGAAGAAAGGAAGGAAGGCACUCAAAGCAUUGUGUCUAUUUUGUGGGGCAUCUACAUUACACAGUGGAUGGGGGGACAUGACUCACUCUUAAGAAGCCAAACUCAUUUGGCCAAGGCACAUCCCCUGAUCAUACACCUGAAUGUGAACAAAGGUAUAUCUUUAGCAUCAAGUGUAAAUAUUCCAUAGCAAUGCAGGGUCCUUGUGGGGAUAGCCACAUAGCCCUUGAAACAAGUGGAAGAAGUAACAGCAGAAAUGACCAUGUUUGCAAAGGUUACCCUUGUGCCAGGUAGCAAUUUGGCCACCUUCCCUUCAUACCCCCACAUCUCUUGGCAGGUUAGUGGGGGGAGGUUUACACAAUUUGUUUAUGCAGUGUGUCAUGUAAAUGUGUAUUUACCAUUUAAAAGUCCAAGAUUAUGCAUCUAAUUUAUCUUAGUGUGAUAAUUUAUCAUGUAUACCCAUAUUUAAGGACUGUUAAAAUAAUUUAACUUGUUGAUUCAAAACAACUGUGUGUGCAUCUUCUGGAAAGCAUGUGCUUUUAGGAUCACUGAUUUGUGCUGGUACCAAACCAAACUUUCAUCAAACCAAGCCUGAAUCCACUCACUUGCCUGCAGUAAAGCCUAUCUACUGACACUGGAUUGUGAUGAAGGAAAGUACAGCCUUUACUGCAGGGCGACAAGCAAGGGGAAUAGGCAGCUCAUGCUCAAAAGACCUGAGUUCCCCAAUGACUUUCAGGGAAGGGAUUUUAAAGGCAAUGUGAGGGAGGGGGAUGUGGGGGCAUGAUCAGCUGAUGCAUGAUUUUCAGAUUGGUUGGCAUCAAGGUGAAGUUUCAAGCAUCAUCAACCUUUUGGUUUCAAUCAGUCUGGGGUCUACAAAUUUGAAGUCAGCAGUGUUCAUCUGGUAGGGGUCUGCUUCCUAUAAAAAAUAACUUAGGAAUGUAUGUCAGGCCUUUAUCUAUAUCUUUCAGGGAAUUGGGAGUUUGGGGACUCUGCUAUGUGGCAGAUUUAUCAUCUAAAUUGUUACUGGUUUCCUGGCCCAACAGCUGUUCUUUGUUUCUACAUCUUCACAUUUCCUAAUCAUUAACUCUUGAGUCAGCCUUUUGAGACUCAGGGGAGGCCUGGGAGAUUAAAGCAAAAGCCUUUGACUUCAAGAGACAGAGACACAGGGGCUUAUAUAUGGUUUGUGGCAUUUCCUGUGUCCUUUCUCUUUCAGGCCCAGUAAUUCUGUACUUAUAUCUUAUUCCCUGACAUGGAAGAGUGGUUGCAUGUGUUUAAUAGAACCUAAAGUUCAUAUUACAAAGACCCCCAAAUCUGUAUUUGGAGACAUUCGGUGAGAGUCAGAUUGUCAUCAACAAGGCUCAGGCCUCAGUAAUACCCUGUGCUAAUCACAGGGAAAACAGGGAACAUUAGAUGCUAUCACAGUGGCACCCAACUGAUUAGUUGAUCUGAGCUGGUCAGUGUCCCAGGGACCCAGCCGCAAAGACAGCUCCUGCCUGGCUGACAUUCCAGACCCCCUGCCCCCAAAGGCUCAGUCCACCAUGGGCCAGCAUUCAAGCUGUUGAAUACCAAAUCUUUGCUUGAAUUCUUAUUAGUAAUCAAACCCUAUGAUCCAAAAACAUGUGAUUGCCAGGUUCCCUUGCAAGUUGAAAUCCACUCAAACCUCCACCAUCCUGUUUUACAACAAGUGUGUAAAUAUCAUCUCUUCUGGAACAUUUGAGGGAGCUUUAAGGAGUUUGGUGUCUUGUCAACACUGUUUCCCCAGGGAAACAUGACUCACCCCAGAUCACAAAUAGCCUUGGAAAUCCAGUGACAAUUAAAAAAGGUGCCUGGCCUUACCCUCAUUACCACACGGGGCAUUUUUAUAAACACUGGAAUAGGCCAGUCUUCACUUUUUUAGGUGACUUUGGGAGAAGGAAUUCAGAGUUUUGCCGUUUGGAUGUGCAUUGUCCAUUUUGGCGAGGCAGCCUAGGAGGACAUUUAUCUAUUCCUCUCCUGUGAUGAUGUGUGGAGCAGAUGCCAACAGACACAUUCAGCCACACUCCUCCCUCCUCCCUAAUGGGGCAUGGUCAUUUCUCACACAGAGGGUCACCCUGUCCGAUGUCCAAGAGGAAAACCACCUCUUUCUUGGAGUGGCUGCUGAGCAGCCUUCAAAACCCUGGAAGCUCCAAGGAAUGAGUGCAUGCUUUCCCUCGGUUUGGAUCCACUGCAUUAUUUGGGGGGGGGGUCUGUGUGAAAUGAGGUGCGGGGACUUACACUGUCCAUAGCUGGGGGCAUCCAGAGCACAGAGCAGAAGGGAGCCUGCCUUAAGAAACCCUAAGGUAUUUGCCAGCUAGUUUUGCAUUCCACAUGGAAAUGUACUUUAUAUUUGGAUACUUCAAAAAUACUUUGGGGAACUGAGAUGGAGGAAAAUGAAAGAUAUUUUAUUCCCAGGGGAUGGAGUGAUCUGCAAAGGACUGGCUCAUGUACAACGUUCUGUACCUAAGGUCAGAUCUAUAGGGAAACCGGUGGGGCAUAUGUCCAGUGACCCUGUGCUUCUGUGCAUGUGUCCAUGUGUUCCCUAAUGUGCAUCCUCUAACAUUUGUUUACAUUGUAGUUUUCACUUUAUUUUCUCCUAAUUUAUUAAACAUAAGCACAGCUCCAUUAAAAUAAAAAUAUACUACCAGAAGCUCUCCCACUGGAGCACUGUUACCUUCAAGCGAAACACUUGCCAACAGCUAUUUUCUGUUGUGUUGGGACGCAAGACCGAUGAAUCUGGGGCCAAUGUCGCCUGCUCUGUUUACAGUGUGUUUACUUGUGUUUCAUGAAUACAUAUCCACCAUUGUAAUACAUUUUUAUAAUAGAAUUUAUAGUUACUAUAGGAAAAAAAGAAUAUAUUGUGAUUCUGUCCAAUAAACCUCCUGGUAUAAAA